AUGAAGCCUCGUCUCGUCCAGACGUUUCUGCUGCUCCUUUCGAGUUUCCAUCUUGGCAGUGGCGAAAAAUAUGUGCGCUGCCCGGUCAGCGUCCGAUCAUUUACCGGCGACAAUCGGGGCUGCACCCAACUCGCCGGCGUUCCGGAAUCUUUUUCUGAUGAUCGCUACUUUUUCUACGAACGGUUUCCCGGUGGCGGCAAGGAUGGAGAUGUUUAUGAAUAUUACGGCUGCGAUAUGGGCAUGACUUUUUGUGGCCACAUCCAAAACGACGAUCGAGAUUGGCUGCCGGGUUGCUACCCUUCUGAAGUGGCUUUUCACAAGGCGGAAACGUGCAAGUGUAUUGGGGCGGCCUUUGGGGACAAAGACUCCUGGCCGACAGUCACCAUGGAAGCCAGCGUUCAUGUGCUCGACUUGUACGAGAAGCACGCAAAGGAUAAGAAAGGCUGCGGCGGGACGGUGGGCUGGCCGCGAGUGGCGGAAGAUCUUCCCCAGAUCGUGAUGUGCGAUGUAACGGGACCGGUGUAUACCUCGAACACGGGAUGUCGCAUGCUGUCAGCACGGCCGUACGAAGCAUACGCGGUCGCCUUCUACGAGAUCUUACCGCUAGCGUCUGGAGACAAAAUGAAGGUUAUCUACAUGUGCCCAAAGAAGGACCAGAUGUUCUGCAAGCAAUGGUGGGACAACGGCAUAUCCAACAUCGAGCUCGGCUGCUACGAGGGUGUUUGGAGGAGAUGGUAUCGCGGGAAGAACAAGGAGUGUACUUGCGAAACUCCGGGCACGGGACACGGCCAGUAUGAGGGCAAGCUGAAAAAUGAGAACAAGGUGAGCGCCGCGAUUCGAGAAUCGUUUCCGGAGCUGCUGAACCCGGAUGGGCCUGUGCCGGCAGCGGGAGAACCGGUGAGCACGAGUGAAACCGAUAUCACCGCGAGCGCCACCCCGCCGCAAGUGAGCACGGCCAGUGCACCUGGUGAAGAAGAGGACGAUGGGAGUUUCGUGCCAACAAUCAUCGGCCACGCCGUCGUCAUCAUCAUCGAAAUCGGAAUCCUUGGUGUUGGGCUGUGGUUGCUCAAGUCGGCACCUGCUGAUGAUCCGGAUGCGGUGACCCCGGAUAAUGGCGAGGAGGCGACGGAGACACCGGAAGCGGAUGAGGAAGGCCGCGACACGACCACCACCCCGUCGUCGAAUGCU